GUUCCUAAGAACACGAUCAGUUUUUAUCUAACACUCAGGCUAUUCGGACACUUAAGAUACAAUGCGCCGUGUUGCUUUUCACGUUUUUAUUUUGGCAUUCGUCAUUGCGUACGCUUCAUGCCAAGUAGCGAACCCCGAGGCAUGCCUUGAGCUGCCCGACGGCAGUAAAAUACCGAGCAUCUCCCUUUGCAAUCAGUUCUACGUGUGCGACGGAGGUAUGCUCAGCGAGGAAGGCACCUGCCCUUCAAACAUGCUCUUUGAUUCCGAUAACGGUGUCUGUGACUUUGCUGAGAAUGUUGAUUGCAAAGGAGUACCAUCACCAGGGUUCGAACCCACGGACCCACCAGCAGAUACAACGUUAAGCCCGGACACUACUGCUGCACCGACCAGCUCACCUGCCCAGUCAUGCCCACCAGAGGACCCAGCAGAACCGGUAUUCCUCCCGGUGAAAAACGAUUGCAGCUCCUACAUUCUAUGCUAUCAUGGGAGAGAAAUAGUACAAUCGUGUCCUCCCAAUCUGUAUUGGAAUAACGCAUCCUAUGAAUGUGACAGUGUUUCAGUGGCUAAUUGCAAACAAAUCGACAAAUUUGGUUGCCCAUCGGAAGGCAUCGAUUUCCUGCCUCAUCCAGAUACUUGCAGAAAGUUCAUUUACUGUAGGGAUGGAUUCUCACGUGAGCAGAGUUGUGCUUUCCUCAAAAUGUUUGACGUUGAACAGAAAACGUGUGUGUUUGGUAUUAGUUGUUAGAUAUGUACUUUUUUCUAGAUUUAAGCAUGAUUAGGUACAGUGUUGGUAGACACAUGCGCAAACCUUAAUCAUAAAGGUUGCAUGAAAGGGAAAACUCGCUUGACAGCUUGUAAGCAAGUCGCGCGCGCGAGACAUUCUUGCAAUUAUAGUUCAUAAUAUGUGCUCACUUAUUUCUUAUAUGACUUAAAUGUUUGUGUCCGUUCAAGAAAUGUAUCAUUAUGUAGCAUAUAAACAAAGUUAUCAUUAUUUUUUUUGUUAGCAAAAUUAUCAAAAUUAGGGGUCGCAGUACCGACCACUUUUGGUGAGUACCGGUAUUUCGGAACUGGAGCUUACAGUACCGGUAGUACCGGUAAAAUACCGGUACUGGGAAUUUUUUUUACUCAUGAAGAAUGAUCUAUUGCAUUGUAGAUUUCCUAAUUUCUAGUUGUAUUUUGGUUUUCAGGGAUGUCAUAUAAGCUAACCAUAAAAUACUAAAUUGAACAAAAAAUAUAGAUAGACAAAAAAGAUAGAAAGAAAUGAGCUGCAUGAAACUGUUUUUGGAGCUAUUCUUAUAGCUCAGUUUCACAGGCAGUAUCUUGGUCAGUUUAAAAUGAAAGAGGAACAACUUUACAUUACUUAAAUCAGAUAGAUAGCUGUGAGGUAAAGACAAGAAGUUUUAACUGAUUUUUCCUUGAUGAUCCAACGGAUUCUAAAAACUGAAGAAAUAACAAGAACAAGUUUUAUUCUAUGUUAGUUAAUCCAUUUCCAAACUUCAACGAUUAUUGAACCAAUCAUUACUAAGAUAUCCUGGAUUUGCAGAAAGGUUGCAUAUAUGGAAUGUUUGUUUGUCAAAGUAGUUGGUUUUAAAUGUUUUCGUUUAUUUUCAUUGCAUAUUGGCUAUACUAAUGACCGGAUCUCAGCAUUUCGGGAGAGAUUUCACGGUACCGAAAGUACCGGUACCAAGGAUCAGUCAGUACCGGUAUUUCGGUACCAGGAAAUGGUCGGUAAUACCGAUAUUUUCGGUACCGGUACUACCGGUACUACAUCCCUAAUCAAAAUUCAAGUCAUUAAGUCAGUUAAUUAAAACAACUCAUGGGUGAUAAAAAUAAUUUCUAAUGUCAUAUAAUUAAAAUGAACACGUAAAUAAACCUUAACAAACCGAAA